UUCGACCACUGGUGGCGAAUUGUGCAAGACUUCCUGUGCUGUCGCGGACACUCGAGCGGGGAAGAAAGUCUCGUCCCGGACUGGGAAAGGGGGAUUUGGGAAAUCAAAUCUGGACCUAACCUCGAUAACCAUCGAUCAUCGAAAAUGUUUAUAAGUGACGACUUGGAGCACGGGGACCAAAAGGCGCAUUAUUCAAUUCCUCGAAAGCCAGAGUUGGUGGUACUUCCCCCAGAGAACUCCUCGUCCUCCGAACAACGGGUUCUGCCUUGGGAAAUAAAUAGCCCCCUCCAUCGUCAGCCAUCUCAUCAUAGCAUUCACACAUCACCCUCACAAUAACCACCCAUGCAUUUAACCACACAUCUUCUCUUUUGCAAUACCUCAGCCAUAGCUGUGACAAACUUGCAGUUUCUUUGCAUAGCCACCCCUCAUGAAUAUUUGGUUUGUCCCACCGCGAUGUUAUUGCAGAAGGCACUACACAUGUUUAUCCACACGUUCAUUAUUUUGAAUCAUGGUCUGGACGGUG